GAACGAUUGUACCCGACGGGGAGACCUACACGGAGCUUCUAAAGGCGCGUACCGAAAGCGCCUGCGUUCGCCCUUGAGUCCCCGUCCCCGUCCCCGUCCCCGUCCCCGUUAGUGUCCGGGAGCCGGUGCGGACAUGGGGCUGCUGCCGCCUGAGGCGAAAGUUCUACCGCCGCCGGGGAUAGUCAACCGGAACAGCGUCUGGCUGGGCCUCGUCGGCUGGACCGCUUCGUUGAUGCAGAACGGCCUCAACCGGCGGCCGGCCUUCGGAUCCGGUGUUCACCGACAGCUUCUCUAUUUAACUGUUGGCUGGUUUAUUGGCUAUCACCUUAGAAAGAUAGAAAACUACAAGAAUGCCAAAAAGGAUCAAGAAAUGAUGGACUAUAUUCAGCGCCAUCCAACUGACUUUUCUGAAAAAGAAAAAAAGACAUAUGCUCAGAUUCUGGAGGAUUUCCAUCCAAUUCGCUGAAUUUACCAAUUGUAAUACAUACCUGAUUGGCCAUGUUGGCUGUUCGCACUCGAACCAUUCAUGUGCUCUGAGCUCGUGGUCCAUUUCAUUGUAAAUUUGGUGUGUAAUAAAUUAUAUGAAACUA